AUGAAAACCUUGAGCGAGCAUUUCUAUCCGGAAUGGCUGUUAUGAGGAUCAUUAGGAUAACGGCUGUUAUGAGGUUCAUUAGGAUAGCGGCUGUUAUGAGGAUCAUUUUUCGGAUAAUGGCUGUUCUAAAUCUUAUGGAGAUUAUUAGGAUUGGUUGUCUAGCCUAACUUACUAGGAGUAGGUGGAGAGCGUUAGGCCAGCACGACGCACUCUAAUGCUCGAAAGAGUAACAACGGCACUAUCAAAAACAAAAGGCGAACUCACAAGGGAUGGCUGUUGGCGGGUGGUAUCUUCUUAAGUAGGUUCGUAAGAAACCUGUUGAGUAUCUCUAUCUGUCUACUGUGAUUAUGAUCUCAAGUCUUGAUGAAGUAGAAGUCGGUGUCUUCAACAUCUGCUCGAAAUACGACCGCAACAAGAACAUCUACCUCAUCAGGUCUGCGAUAACACUUGUCUUUGGGAAAAAUAUAGUUUUCCUACGGUCAUGAGCAACAGACAGGCUGGUGUCUCCUACGAUAGCUGUAAUCAAUGGGGAACGGCACAAUUUUUCAGGGUACAACUUCAAUUUAGAUACAAGGAUGUAGUGACGGUAAGAAGAUAUUGGUUUUCUUUUUGUGUUUUCGAUACUAACUAGGAAACGAGAGGUAAGACUAGGUGAAUGACAACUUAAAGUUCUGAACUACAACAAAAAAUCUUAAUCUUCUAUUUCAACAUCAACAGCCCAAUGAAGAAUUGAUAUCUGGCGCAACCUUUGUGGCGAGAGUGCUCUAUGCGGCUAAAAUGUACGGCACUGAAAUCGAAAUCCAAAAUAAGGCGAUACAGUUGCAGGAUUAUGAUGGUACUACUACUAGUUGUGAUACAGUUUCAGCAUCAUUAUGAUGGUACUACUCGUGAUAUUACUACGAAGAUUGCUAUUGCAGAUUUGUGAUGGUACCUCAACAACAUUCUCCAGAUUUCGAAGAUGUUCUAUGGUUUACGGAACCCGCACUAUUAGAGGCUAUACAAAAGAAGUGGGGCAAAGACGAAGACGGCUUUGAUCCAGAAGAUUUUCAUGCGGGUUUGAAAAAAAUGCAACCGAAGUUAUGCAAAGCGUCAACCUGUGAGUAGAUGUAGAUCGUGUGAGCCACCUGCUCGUCCCGAUGUAUUGAUCUAGAUACUUAAGUACUAGUGCGAUCUUUAUACUUACGUGCAACUGGUGGUGCGUGGAUCAUCUAGAUGCUUACGUACUAGUUUAUGUCCACAACGUUAGAUGAAGAUCAUCAUCAGGGUAAUCUGUCUGGUGAGCCGCGCUGUUAUAGCCGGUCUGUUGAGCAGCAACUCUCUAGUACAACAACUGAGUUCAAUCAUCCAGCUGCUCUAAUCAAGGUAAAAACGUAUUGGAUCGAGGUCAAAGGGCGAGCCACGAUGGGAGGAAAAAUCACCGAGUUUGGGGUCAAAAUUAUGAUCUCCUAGAACAAGAAAUGUACAAUAAAAGUACUACAACUCCUUUUCUAUAACUAGAUUUAGAAAUAGUAUCUUUCUGUUUCUUCUACUUGGUUAUUGUAUUUGGCCAACAGAAUACUACAAGAACUAGUACUACUCAUACUAAUCAUGCUGUUCCCUUUUGGUCCCCUCCACCUCUUGAGCCACGAUGGGAGGGAAAAUUAUCAUGAGCGGAAGGUGUGGCCUGGAUAAGAUUCUGAUGUUCUGCUUCUCUCUUUUAUCUUCUAACGUCGCCCUUUUCGGUAUCGAGCAGAAGAUGGGAACCAGACCAACCGAGGCGGAAAAACGACAGCAGCUAAACUAAGGCAAGUAGAACCAUUUUUUUGGGAUUCAACAGCGUUGUACUAGACAGUCGAUAAAGAACAAGAAAAUAAAAAUGUUCUUCAUGAUGAUCUGCAAUAGACGAAGAAUAGUACUAGUAGUCGUGUUGCUGGUAAAAAUUGGAUUGAUCUUCUCACUCUAAUGAAAGAUGCGAAUGAGAGGAGGGGAGUUUUGUCGGAGGCUAGAGCGUGCCAAAGCAGAAGCAGAAUGGGAAUUCAUCGAGAAAUAUAACGCAAAAAUCCGAAGCCAUUUGGAAAAAGACGAAAGUCUGUACAAUUGGAAUGAGAUGUUUAACAAGCAACAAGACGCCUUCUGGACGAGGACGGAGAAAGAAAAAGCAGCCAACGCUGAGAAAGGCAAUAGCGACUGGCUCUACAAGGUUGGGAAAGAAUGACGUCGAUCACAAAUUUAAUAUAGUACAUUCAGUCUCUUUAUUAAAAUAGCAGACCAGGACCUAUUAACCUAAGCUACAAGCGAUCGUGCAUUCUGGGCCGAACAAGCUGCUCCUUUGUUGAUGCCUACUCUCACGUUGAUGUACCACGAUGAAGCGUAGGAGCUGUUAUUUUCAGCGCUCCUCGCUGCAGCAUUUGCAUUUUCCUCGUCAAUAUCUUUAUAUAUCCUUACCUUGAACUAGAAGUCGCACUUCGACUUGACACAUUUUUAGGGAAAGGCGACGUAGUCGUACACGUAGUUCUAUCUUUUAAGAGCGGAUGAAUACCAGGACGAAGGGAAUUAGUAUUUUUUAAGAGCACUUCGUUCGUUGUGCCCGCCCAUCAAUACUAGGGAUCAUUGAUGGCGAUGAAUCAACUCGCAGAGGCAAUUAAUCAGAAAAAAUCGUACUUGGUGGAGGACUUCUCAGCAGAGCAAAGGGUGAAGAUGUUGUUGUUAAUGUUGUCGCUGGUAGUUGUAGAAAAUCGACUUGAACGAGUUGUCGUAGGUAACGUUGAACGAGUUGUCGUAGGUUGAACGAGUUGGAGACGAUGAGGAAGAACAAGAUCAGCAAUUUGCUGGUAGCAUUGGCCAACAAUUUGCUGGUCGUUUUGCUUGAGUGCAGUCAUCAUGUACGGUGAAAAAGUGAACUAAAACAAGUACAAGAUGACAAUGUUGAGCAGUUAUACGCAAGAGGACACUUCUGAUCAUGAUCUUGGAAGCAAGGCCUUCUAAGUUCCGCUCGUGGUUUCUCAG